GGCGCUGGCGGAGGAGCGGCUCAGACUCUCCUCGCUCAGGUGCGCGCAGCAGACACAGACGCGCGUCAUGGAGCGCACUUUCCGCGAGCAGUUCUUCUUCCUGGUGUUGUGUCUGUCCGUCCUCAAGGGAGACUCCAGGUACAUCGAGAACAACGAGAUAUUAAAAGAUGAAUUAUAUUCAUUUUUCAAUUCGGAACUCAAGAGAGAAACACCGGAGGAGUUAAUGUACCGUCGACCUUUACGGUGUCUGGACAUGGUUGCAGUGGAGGGUCAGUUCACCUUCACCGCAGAGCGUCCGCAGCUCAGCUGCGCAGCUUUCUUAAUGGCGGAGCCCAACGAAGUGAUCAGCGUGGACUAUGAGAGCGUGGACAUCGACUGCAGGGGGGGAGACUUCAUCACGGUAUUCGACGGCUGGGUGAUGAAGGGAGAGAAGUUCCCCAGCUCGCAGGACCACGCGCUGCCUCUGUACGAGCGCUACGUGGACUACUGCGACUCCGCGUCCGUGAGGAGGAGCGUGCGCUCCUCGCAGAACGUGGCCAUGGUCUUCUUCCGCGUCCACGCGGCCGGCAGCGGCUUCACGCUCACGGUCAGGAAACACGUCAACCCCUUCCCGUGCAACGUUUUGUCCCAGUCACCAGAGGGCAGCUACACUAUGGUGAUUCCCCAGCAGCGCAGGAACUGCAGCUUCUCCAUCAUUUACCCGGUGUCCAUUGACGUCUCCGAGUUCAGCCUGGGUCACUACAACAACUUCCCCAAGAGGACCGUGCCCGGAUGUGUGGAGGCAGGUGAUUUUGUGCAGCUGCUGGGAGGGAGCGGCAUCGACACAUCCAAGCUGCUGCCCAUCACUGACCUAUGCGUCUCCUUCUCCGGCCCCACGCACAUGAAGAUCGGCUGUGACAACACGGUGGUGAGGAUGGUGUCCAGCGGCAAGUUCGUCAGCCGGGUGUCCUUCAGUUACCGGCUACUGGACAACCAGGAACUACAGACAAUCAAACUCAACAACGUGGAGGAUUUCUGCUUCAAUAACUGAUCUGGAUCCAUAAGAAAAUCCUUUUUCUUAAGUCGACUUGGCCAAUUCACCUGAUUUGACAAAAUAUCUAAAACCCAAAGACAUUAAAAAAAAUGGUGUAAAAUAGGAAUUGUAAAGUCACAGCAAUAUAUAUUAAUUACAUUUAUUUUUUGUGUUCUUUGACUCAUCCUGGUUGUUUCUGAAUAAAGCUUAAUGAAGAGUC